AUGCAGUCAAUCACCUCUCAUUCAGGAGCCUCUUCUUUGACCAGAAAAAAUUCAGGAGCCUCUUCUUCCUCUUCUUAUUUCACCCAUCCACUUACAUAUGAAGUCUUUCUCAAUUUUAGAGCUGAAGAUACACGCAACGGUUUUACUGAGCAUUUGUACAGCGAGUUGCUUCAGAAGGAAAUUAUAACUUACAUAGAUGAUGAGGUUAGAAGUGGAGAUGAAGAAAUAUCACAAGACUUUCUCCAAGCAAUUGAACGAUCAAGGAUUUCUAUCAUUGUUUUCUCCGAAAACUAUGCAUCUUCCGUAUGGUGCUUGGAGGGACUCGUUAAGAUCCUUGAAUGUAAAGAAUCAAAGCAACAAAUUGUUGUACCAAUUUUCUACAAGGUGAUGCCCUCCCAUGUGAGAAACCAAGAGGGUAGUUUUGGUGAGGCAUUUGCUAGCCAUGAAACCAAAUUCAAGGAUGAUAUGGAGAAGGUGUUGAGAUGGAGGAGAGCUCUUGUGAAAGCAGCAAAUUUGUGUUGGUGGUCUUUCUUGCGCGGGGAUGAACCUAAAUUUGUGCACAAGAUGGCUGAAGAGGUUUCAGUACAACUAAGCCGUACCUAUUUGAGAGAAAACAGAGCUACCACUAAUACUUGGAAGUAUGAUGUCUUUCUCAGUUCUAGACCUGCGGAUACAUACUACAGUUUUACAAACCGCUUGUGCAGCAAUUUGCAACAGAUGGGAAUUAAAACCUUGAUGGAUGAUGACCUUAGAACAGGGGAUGGAACAUCACCAACGUUUCUCAAGGAAAUUGAAAAGUCAAAGAUUUCUAUCAUUAUAUUCUCUGAGAACUAUGCAUCUUCACCGUGGUGCUUGGAUGAACUCGUUAAGAUCCUUGAAUGUAAAAAAACACAGCAACAAAUUGUUUUGCCAAUUUUUUACAAAGUGGACCCCUCAGAUGUCAGAAAGCAAACUGACAAUUUUGGUGAUGCAUUAUUUAACCAUGAACGCAAGUUCAAUGAUGAUACAGAGAAGGUAUUGAGAUGGAGGGCAGCUCUUAGGGAAGCAGUUGUUUUGCCUGGGUUCCAUCUCUUCGGGCAUGUAUCCCAAUUGAUUCAUCGCGUCUAUGAACAUAUUUCACAAUUAUUAAACCGUACUUAUUUGAAAUAUGAGGCCAACUAUCCAAUUGAAAUAGAGUCUCGCGUACAAGAUAUGCACGAUCUUUUAGGCAUUGGAGACCCUGAUGUUCGCAUGGUAGGUAUAUCGGGUGAUGGUGGAAUGGGUAAGACAACAAUUGCUAAAGCUGUAUAUAAUUCAGUGGCCCAUAAGUUUGAAGCUUGCUGCUUUUUGGAAAAUGUUAGAGAGAAUUCAAAGACAUCGGAAGGCCUGCUCCAACUACAACAUAAUCUUCUUAGAAGCAUUCUAGGAGACGUAAGAUUGGGGGUGAACAGUAUUGUUGGAAGAAUCCGAGUGAUGAAGAACAUGAUGCGCCGAAAGAGGGUUCUCGUAGUGCUUGAUGAUGUGAGUCAAAAUAACCAAUUAGAAAAAUUAGUCGGAGAAUUUAAUUGGUUUGCUUCUGGCAGUAGAAUUAUCAUAACAACAAGGUUUGAGCAUGUACUCGUUAAUUAUCGAGUAGACCUAGCAUACAAGGUCAAGAAAUUAGAGUUUGGUGAAGCUUUGGAGGUCUUCAGUUCUAAUGCCUUCCCAAGAAGUAGGCUGCCGGAUGAUCCUGAUUACCGGAAACUCGCAACUAGUUUCUUAGACUAUGCUCGAGGGAAUCCAUUAGCUCUUACAGCUAUGGGUUUACUCGUAUGUGGGAAAAGUAUAGCUCAAUGGCAAUCUGUAUUAAACAGUUACAGAACAGCUUCUGCCUCAACUAUUCAUGAAGUCCUGGAAAUAACCAAAAAUGCACUAAAACAAGAAAAUGGCCUCGAGGAUAUUGAAGAAGACAAAGAUGCUUGGGUGUAUUCCUUUCUGAACGAAAUGGAUAAAGAUAUACUUGGAAAUGAUUUUCACGACAAUAUUAACUAUUUUCUCACAGAAACCACAGGACACAAUGAAACGGAAAGCACUGAAAGUUUGCUUGCUACUCCGGAAGUAGGAAGGCAUCAAAGAAAAAUUCUAGAAACUGACAAUGUUGCAAUAUUGAAUGAACUUGAAAGCAUGGAAAACUCGAUUGGACGACAUGAGACAUCAUCCAGUACUCAAGAAAUAGAAAGUGAUCGAAGAAUAAUUUCAAAAACAUAUGAUACAGUAUUGAAUGAAGCUGAACGCACAGAAAACUCGACCAGAAGAAAUGAGACAUUAUCCAGUACUCAAGAAGUGGAAAGGGAUCCAAGGAUAAUUUCGAAAACUUAUGACACAGUAUUGAAUGAAGCGGGAAGCAAUGAAAACGCAACCGGACAACAUGAAGCAGUAUCCACUACUCAAGAAGAAGAAAAGGAUCAAAGGAUAAUUUCAAAAACAGAGGAUGAUACAGUAUUGAAUGGAGGUGGAAGCACGGAAAGCUCGUUUGGACGACAUGAAACAUUAUCGAGUGUUCAAGAAGUAGAAAGGAGUCCUCAGAGGAUAAUUUCAAACAGUGAGAAUGAUAUAGGAUUGGAUGAAAGUAGAAGCUCAGAAAACUCUUUUGCACAACAUGAUACAUUAUUCGAUUCUCUAUCAAGUGGUCAAAGAACAAAUCCCAUAAUGGAAGAUGCUACGGGACUAAAUUAUGACUCCGACAUUAAGAAAGAAAGGAUCGCUCUACAAAUUGGGGAUGUCAACGAUGGCAUGGUGCCCUUAUUAUCAGCGGAGACAUGGUGGGGUACUACUACUAAAAGCUUAUUUUUGUUUGUCAAAACUGCUAAAAACUUCUUAUCAAAGGCCGUUUCAGUACAGUGGAUAUUUUUAAUCAUUAGCUUCGUCCUGGAGAUAUCUUCAGCUAUUUGUGAUCAGUUGUCCUCCCGAAGAAAGCCCCAGUAUGCACUAAUUGGUAUGUCGUUGGCUUCUGUGGCUCUAGUCACUUGCGUCUGCGAACUCAUUCUCAAGUUUAAAAUAGAAAAAAUCGUCGAAUCUGAGAGUCCCGGAGAAAGUUCAGGCGAUAUUUUCCCUCACGUUUUUGGAUUAAUUUGUGCAUUCUCUCAGUGGCUGUCCUCCAUAGCUCGCUUUGUGUGCAUAGUUAUGAAUAAGCAGAAUCCUUUCAAAGUAAACAUUUUGCCGGUCCUCUUUCUUGGGUGUUGGGGUGCUGUCAAACUAACUGCACCAACAAAACCAGCAUUCAGCAGCUCAUCUCCUUAGUUCUUAUCCCCUGUAAAGGAUCAACUCCAGAAAAGCAAAAGGCCAUCAAGGCCUUGAUUUCGACAUCCAUUUGAAGAAAGACCUCUUUCACAGCCCGCCACGAACUACUAAUGCUUGACAGCAUUUGUGCUGUGAGACUUGUAUGGCAUCUGUCACUUUGAGAUAUAUAAGUAUAUAUAUAGGGUCACGAUGAGCGAAUAUUUUUUUGACAUAUGACACACAUUAUUAAUCUAUAUAUAGUUAUUCUCUUAUCCGGAUGUCUGCACGUUAUUAUCGUGCAGAUACUAUUGUAAAUAUGCAUGAAAGCAGAGAGGAGUAGUACAAAAUACAUGACGUCCGCACGAUAAUAACGUCCGGAUGUCCGCAUAGAAUAUAAUUAUAUAUAUAUACACGGAUAGCUAUGGGCAUUCUUAAUUAUUCUGAGAGAGUGCACAGAUAGGAUUUUGAGAGGAGGUUUGGGAUUUGGAUUGAAAUAUGAAGGAACUUGCACUGGAACAUAUGAAUGUGUGAUAAUUGGGGGUAGCUUGGAUUUUACAUAUUUGCUUUUGGCUCAUGUCUUAAGCAGUUGAAUAACAAAUUUAUUUUUUAAACUGUUAAAACAUUUAUCUGAAAUUAGAAUAGCAUCUAACAAAAUAACUUUAGACUUGG